CCCCGCGCCUCCGCCCCGAGCCCCUCUACCUACCCCCUCCUCUCCCGAGCACCCAGCCCACUCUCUGAGAGCCAGGCCACCUCCCCGGCCUGGGCGGGGCCUCUAGGCGGACGGAGCCCCGCGGCAAACUAUCCAAUCCCUUCUGCGAUGGCCUCUCCCUCCGCCCCCGGUUACCAUGGGGACCGGACGCCAUUGUGACGCCCCUUCCGGCCUGCGGGGCCGGGACUCGGAAUUGGCUUCUCUGCGCCCGCAUCAGGACGAGGCGGCGGCUGGGCGGGCUGCGGGCUGCAGGGCUCCUUACAGUCGGGGCUGCGGCCCCUGCGCACCGCGCUGGCCCGGGGCUCCCCGGGGCUUCCCCGGGGCUCCAAGCCUCUGCGGGGGUGGAGAAGAGGCGACCCGGGGCCGGGGUGGGGCUCCCCCUGGAGCCCUCGGCAGGUCCUUGUGCACGCUUGUGCACCAGACGGUACUCCGGACCUGUGGGGUCGCCACCCAGCACCCCCACCAGGAAGCCAAACGAUGUCCUCUAGCGGCGUGCGGGACACCCCGAGGCGCCCGCCUCACCCUGGGGCGGGUGGAGAGCGGAGGGAGUCCCGGUGCUGUCUCCAACCGGAAGUCGGGCGACUUUCCCAGGAGAAUGCUGUCCCUAGUCGAGUCUGCCCAGCUUGCUGGUCAGCCCAGCCGCAGCCCCCUUAGCCUGGGCGUGACCCCGCCCCUGGGAGGUGGCUUUCAGAUCAGCCAGUCCUGCUACCCCGGAGGCCUGAGGGCAGCGGUCUCAGGAGGCAGAGAAUACCAGGACACUUGGGAAGAACCUGAGUGAAGAUACAGAGCUCAGGAUUAGGUCCAGUAAAGACAGCCAGUAUUUUCUUCUGGAUGUUCAACAUCUGAGAUUUGAAGACCAAAAACUAAGAAGUCAGAUGGACUACGAGGACUGCCAGUAUUUUGGCUCCAGCCCUCUGAGAUUUAUUCAAUCUGGGAUGUGGGCCUCCAUUACCAGAGAACAUCUCAUCCUGGCUGACACCCCAGGCACCAGCUUCUAUAUGGGCGAUGUCCAUCAUCACAGUGAGGAUAUCAGUCCUCAUCAGGAUGCCCAUUCAGCAGGAGGCAGUCUGAGAGAGUCAUUGCCCCCUAGCAACCAAAAGAUGGGAAUGAUGGGUUCCACCCUUGUGAAGCUCGGCCAGGCUCAGCACAGCACCUGCCCAACAUGCGCUGGACCCUAAAGAUGACAGUGUGCGCCCUCAAUACUGACUUCCACGUUCUUCUUCCAAGCUGAAAUGAAACCCUCUGCCUGUGCACAGGUACCAGCAUUCCCCAAUCAGUUGUCCAUACGUCAUUGUGCCCGCCCCUUCAGACUCCACCCUCUGUCAGGCUGAAUAAAAGCCCAGGGGCUUCUCUAUUUGCCUCAGAGGGAUCUUCCGCUCUUCUGCAGCCCUCUGGAAUCUGCAAUAAAAGCCUUUUCCCCUC